GUAAAAUUUUACACGGUUCGGCCUUUAUUUUAUUAGAUAAACAAUAAGGACGUCUUUAGAAAUUUUUGUGUAUUUUCAAAACAUGGAUACGUUAGUCAAAAUAACUAGUGUUUUUGACCGUUUAAAAACCUUAGUGAGAGAUAAGAAUACAUCUAAUCGUCUUCAAAGUCUCAAAAAGGAUAUAUUACUUCUCCAGUCGGAACUUCUUGUAUUGGGUAAGGAAAAUCAUGGUCUUUACGUAAGAUCAUUGGCAAUGGAAGGUUACCUCGCACUACUUUCUGCUAAAACAAUGCCCUUAUCACUUAAUGAGAAAAAGAACAUAUUAACUGUCGCCUUCGACAAACUCAAACAGUUUGUAUUACGCGAGGAAUGCCUCUUCAUUUUUCUUAGAAUACAGAAUUUACUUUGUUAUUAUCUAAUACAACUGGAUGAAAUUAAUAGUGCAAAAGACAUUCUGGAAAAUAUGGAGGAAUUGUACGAUAAAAUUAGUAAAUCUAAACCGGAUAUUUAUAUUGAUGCUGAAUAUUUAUUUACACCUGAGCCAAUCGGUAAUAUAAAGAGAAUGAAUCCAGAGAAAAUAGAUAAAUUGAUAACAAACAAUGUUCAGAUGUUAGCUUUCUUAUACAAUAAAUUGAAUGUACCUCAAAAAUAUACCCUAUAUAAUCACACAGCACUUAGAAGGCAACUGGAAAUGAAAGAGGGUACUCCGCAAGAUUGGGCCUUGCGCACUGCGAGACUUGGUAAUUACUUCACUUAUCUCAACCAACUUGGUAACGCCCGGCAUCAUUUGUGUGCAGCUUAUCACAUUUUACGUACCUGCCAUGACAAUUGUAAACUCAUGCCCGAAGAAUUCGUUAUUCAAAAGGCUGAUUUUGAAAUGUAUUUCUUAGAAUUAAGUCAUCAUUGGGUUAAAUAUGGUUUAACUCUGUUUAAAUUAUCAAGGAAAAAGAUUUUGUCCCACUUCUUUUCACAACCAGCCUCUAGUGGGUCCGGUGCUGACUUAUGGAAAUCAGUCAAUCUGCUGAAUGAAAGUCUCGAAGAUUCGGAGGCAGAUAAAGAAAACAGCAAGGAUUCUGGAGCUGAAAAAUUCGAUAAAGGGGAUGGCUUGUUGGACAAAGUAUAUAUUUUUCGUUCUUUAGACCUCACAGAUAUAGAGAAAAAAGUUCCGAUAGACAUAAUUAACAAUGCAGAGGAAGCACGAAAACUGUUUUCUUUUACCCACAAAUGGCUAAAGCGCGCGGAGCACUAUUACGACUUUGAACAUCACUCUGCUCAAUAUAUAUCAUGUUCGUUACAGCUUGCUGAAUUGUAUGAGCACCUCGCAUUUUUUGAAAAAAAUCUUGACAAUCAAUAUAACAUUCAAAAGAGACGGGCGGAUGUCUUGGAAAAACUUAAUUCUUUGUUGAAGAAUUGCGAUAAUGUAAUGUCGAUACAAAUAGAUGUUAUUAAGGAGUUAUCUCAAGUUCAACUUGAGUUAAUGGCGCUUAAUUUACAAAAAUUGUGGCGUGAAGAGUCACAAACUAAUAUAUUCAACUUGGAUACCGAUGCCGAUUCGUUAAUCAAUUCUCUGAACUCUGAAUCAAAUAAAACAUUGACGGAAAGGACAUUGAAUACGAGCUCGAAAAAUAUUUUUCUGCAAAAAAUGGAAGCAGCUACUUCAAUCAAUGGUAAACUAUUUCGGCUAAGCGGACAGCUAGGUCAGAGAACACCGUCGGAGUUAAGUUUUGAUUGCGAAUCACUUAAAAACUGAUAAACCUAGGAUCGACAGAGCCGAAAGCCUGGCCCUGCAAACAUCAAACCAUCUUUCUGGCCUUAAGAAUAGAUAACAGAAAUCAAACCGGGUAAUCAUACUUUGCAAACAAUAUUCCUCAUGCGGCACCCCGUCUAAGCGCCUCACAGCAUAUGCAGUACCACACACAGUAUUGCGGCGAGUGUGGGCAAAUGUGGCGGGACUAAUAAAUAAUAUUAGCUAAACAAGGAAC